GAGUUCAUCAUCAGUUAAACAAGCAGCUUGAAAGUGCGGUAUGGUAGUUCGUGUUGGAACAUCUUCAGAAUGAGAAACUUGAAUUUAUUGAUUGUACUGGUGGGCCUUUUUGCCCUGUUGAGUGUAAACGUUGAGGCCAAAAAGUUCGACAAGUGUUCGCUGGCCAAAGCUCUACUCGCUCAAGGAUUCAAUAAAGCCGAUCUCCGAAACUGGGUAUGCCUGGUGCAGAAUGAAAGCGGUAUGGAUACCAACAAGAAGAACAACAAUCGCAAUGGGUCCACCGAUUGGGGCCUGUUCCAGAUCAACGAUCGAUACUGGUGCGAUCCACAGGACAAGAAGAAAAAGACUUCGAACGAGUGCAAGAUUAAGUGUUCUGAACUUCUAAAAGACGACAUCAGUAAGGCUUCAGCGUGUGUGAAAAAGAUCUACAAGCGACACGGCUACAGAGCCUGGUAUGGAUGGCUCAAUCGCUGUGAAGGCAAAGCGCUUCCCGAUUUGAGCAAAUGUAAACUGUAAACAUGUCGAGAGCAGAUAAUUUUGGUCACUAAAUAGAUUGAAUUCAUAGCCCUAAUA